AUGGGAAACAGCCGCUACAUCAGCCAUAUUGUGUGCCCAUUGACGAGUAUGCGGCAGUGGCCACUUAUAUCUAUUAGACUACUGCCACUUAUAUCUAUUGGACCCCUAUGUGUAACGGUCAUGGGGCAUAUGGGAUUUCAGGUUCCAGAUGAGGGCAAGGGACCUGUUCCGUUACAAGCUGUUUCCGGAGAUGGCACUUCUAAAAGGGGCCGGCCGAAGCUUACUAUCACCGAAGAUGUUGUGGAGCGGAGAAAGCUGUCCAAGCGGAAGCAAAACGCUAGGCGUACCGGCCACCAAGGUUCAGCAUCCUCCGAUGUUUUCAUUGUGGCUCCUUCGGCGAGAUUACCCCCUGCACGCUACAGCAGUCAAAUUCAUGCAGCACAUGGAGCUGAGCCAAGCAGGACGGAUGAUAACAAUGAUGUGUUAAAUAUGGGCAGACCAGAGCAAACAUGUGGAUCUUGCCAAGCCAGAGUAUGGGCUGCAGAGUUUACUGGGAGGCAUGUAGGACCUGGGCCAAAGUCAUAUUCCAUCUGUUGCAAUAAAGGCAAGGUGCAACUACCAUUCUUAAGUGUUCCGCCAUUAGAGCUAACACGCCUCCUCACCGGUGAUGAUAUACAGGCAAAGAUGUAUUUUCAUAAAAGCCGCAUCUAUAACACCAUGUUUGCAUUCUGUUCAUUUGGGGCAAAGGUGGAUGAAACAAUCAAUAAUGGCAGAGGACCAUAUGUCUUUCGAGUGACUGGGCAAGUGUAUCAUAACAUUGCAUCUUUGGUGCCACCAGAUGGCCGAACCCCAAAAUUUGCGCAGCUGUAUAUGUAUGAUGGAUACGAGGCGAAUGAGCAUAGAAUUAACUUUACAGGAGACAAGGGAAGGGUUGAUAGAUUGAUUGUUGCAACCCUCGAUGCAAUGCUUAGCCACAACAAUGUGCUCGUGGGAAUAUUCAACCAAAUAAGACAACGGUUUUCUGGUGUCGAACAUGUUCCUGUCCGUCUAAAAUUGUUUGAGAGACGCACAUCUGACGGCCGGUUCCAUAAUAGUCAAUCUGAAGAGGAUUAUGAAAUUGAGAAUAUCCAGGCUGCAAAUGCCUAUGAGUUCGCAGGUCUAGCUGUAGAUAAUGACUUUGCAAAUAAAAGGGACAUAGUUGUUCAUAGUAAAACACUUGGACUGCAGCAUAUUAGUGAGUUACAUCCAUGUUACAUGUCUUUGCAAUAUCCUCUUCUAUUCCCGUUUGGUGAGGAUGGCUAUCGAAUUGGUAUAAAGCACCGUGAUGUGCAGCUCUCUGAUAAUCGGGGGCAUAACACUAUUAGUAUGCGUGAAUAUUAUGCCUUUAGAACACAUUACCGUGUAGGUGAGGGACAUGCUCUAACACUUGGCGGCCGUCUCUUUCUACAAUUCCUGGUUGAUGCCUGGUGCUCAGUGGAGCGCACUAGAUUAUUGUGGGUACAAAGAAACCAGUCUCUCAUUAGAUCAGAUCUUUAUAACAAUGUGGUUGACAGCUUCAGGCGAGGAGACACAGUUGCUACUGAUUUGGGAAAACGAGUCAUUCUACCAUCAACCUUCACUGGAGGGUACAGAUACAUGCAGCAGAACUUCCAAGAUUCACUAGCCAUUUGCAAAGAAUAUGGUCAUCCUGACCUCUUCAUCACAUUCACUUGCAAUCCAAAAUGGGAUGAAAUUGAAGCUGCAAUUCAAAUGUCUUCAUCGCAUGAUGCCUCUGUGCGCCCUGAUAUUGUUGCCCGUGUGUUCAAAAUGAAACUUGAUGCUAUGAUUGCUGAUUUCACAAAGCAUCGUGUGAUGGGGCGUGUCCUUGCAGUUGUGUACACCAUUGAAUUUCAGAAACGAGGUCUACCGCAUGCACAUAUAGUUUUGUGGUUGGCGGAAGGUGACAAAAUAACAACUCCAAACGAUAUUGAUUCAGUUAUAUCUGCUGAGAUACCAGAUCAACUCAAUGACCCCGUGGGUUAUAAAGCAGUAUCACAGUUUAUGAUGCAUGGACCAUGUGGGUCUGCAAACCCAAAAUGCCCAUGUAUGAAGAACGGUCGGUGUUCAAAAUAUUACCCAAAAUCUUACAGUGAAAACACUGUAAUAGAUGCGGACGGAUAUGCCCAAUAUAGAAGGAGAGAUACCAAAAACACGGUAAAAUGUGGCAAAGUCUUUCUUGACAACAGGCAUGUGGUCCCUUACCACCGUGGCCUCCUUGUCAAAUAUCAGGGACAUAUAAAUGUGGAAUGGUGCAAUCGCUCUCUGGCUAUUAAAUAUUUGUUCAAGUACAUUGGCAAAGGCCCAGAUAUGGCUACGAUUGUUCUGGAGAGAGAAGAUCGUCAGUCCACAAAUCUAGAAUGGCCUUCUACACUAUGUGUCAUGUCGGAAGUGAGAUUUCGCGAUAAUGAAACUUUGCCUGAAGUGGUUCGUCGCAUUGACCCCGAUGGCACGAUGUUCAUACAGUGGAUGUUGACAAACAGGUGUGAUGAACUGGGCCGUGAACUAACAUUUGUUCAAUUCCCGACAAAAUUUUGA